GUAUUGCGCAUGCGCGUCAUACUAGACGAAUGGUGGGAAAAUUCAUUAUUUUUCGUCGCUGCAUGCCUAUAACACAAGCAUGGUAUUUAGAAAAAGUGUAUAGCUUAACGGAGUAUAUCCACAAAUAUACCCUUCGGUUAUUCAGUCGUCGCCAUCACUAAACAAUCACUUGGGAGCAGGCCUCAGCAUCCUUGUGUCUGGAUGCUGGACGCUGAAGUGGGCGCUGAAUUAAAUCCUGCCCCCACCACGAUUCUCUGUGCGAUUAGGGUCUUACUGGUUUGCUCAGCAUGAAGAUCGCGGUAGAAGGCUGUUGCCACGGAGAGCUGGACAAGAUCUACGAGACGAUCGGCUACCUGGAGAAGAAGGAAGGGGUUAAAGUCGAGCUGCUGCUUUGCUGUGGAGACUUUCAAGCGGCGCGCAAUGAAGGAGACAUGAAGUGUAUGGCUAUACCACCCAAGUACAGAAUGAUGCAGACCUUUUACAAAUACUAUUCUGGAGAGAAGAAGGCUCCCGUCCUGACCGUCUUCGUGGGAGGGAACCAUGAGGCCUCCAACCACCUGCAGGAGCUGCCUUAUGGCGGCUGGGUGGCACCCAACAUUUAUUAUCUAGGUUAUGCUGGUGUUGUUCGCUACAAAGGGAUUAGAAUUGGUGGCGUAUCUGGAAUCUUCAAAUCACAUGACUACAGAAGGGGUCACCACGAAUUCCCUCCAUAUGAUCCCAAUACACUUCGAAGUGUGUACCACAUCCGAAAUAUUGAGGUUUUCAAACUGAAACAGAUCCAGAUGCCCAUCGACAUUUUCAUGAGCCACGACUGGCCUCGUGGAAUUUACCGCUAUGGGAACACAGCAGACUUGUUGAGGAAGAAGAAGUUUCUGCGACAGGAAGUGGAGUCAAACUGUCUGGGAAGUCCCGCUAACGAGGAGCUCCUGGCUCACCUGCAGCCCAGCUAUUGGUUCUCUGCACAUCUGCAUGUGAAAUUCGCUGCGCUGAUGCAGCAUCCGUCUAAAGCGAAUGCUGCCCCACGUACGACCAAGUUCCUGUCUCUGGAUAAGUGUCUCCCUUACAGGGAAUUCUUGCAGAUUGUGGACGUCGCAGAGCGAGCGGGCUCAUCCGAGGGUCUUGAGUACGAUCCAGAGUGGCUCGCUAUUCUAAAGGCCACCAACAGUCUACAGAGGACCACCCCUCACCCCUGGAACCCCCCAGAGAAUAACGGCCUGCACGAACGGUGGGACUUUAGACCCUCAGAAGCCGCCAUGAUGCAGGUGGUGAAGGAUCUCGGCGGCGAUCUUUCCAUUCCAGACAACUUCAGCCGGACGGUGCAACCGUACGACCCCAACCGGCCCGAGCCGCACGCCGCCGCCAGCUGUAACACCAACCCUCAGACCACCGAGCUCUGCGCCACGCUGGGCCUCACCGACCUUUACGCCGUUGUGGGGCAGGGAGGUGUGGACUUGAGCAGACAUCCGGGCGGCUUCGGGGGCGAUGAUGAUGAUGAUGGUGAAGGCGUGGACGAACCCAGCGAGUACCCAACAGACACUUCGGGAUUGUCCAGUUCGUACAACCCCGAUGAGAUCACCAUAGAGGACGAGUGGGAGGAGGAGGAGGAGGAGGGGGAGGAAGGACCCAAGGAUCCUGAGGGUGGCUGUAAUCCAAAAUCGCCAGCAGCCGGAGAGCAUCUCUCCGAAGUGUCUGCGGGGGAGGGCAACACCCCCGGCCGGAUGGUUCUGCCCGCGCCCAAAUCCGACGCCUCCCCCACUAACCUGUCCCUGCUGAUGAACCUGCCGCCUGCCUCCCACUCGACCCCGGCCGCAGCGCGCUCUUCCUCAGAGAGGGGGGAAUGCUGUGAGGGUGAUGAUGGUGAAGAGGCCGGCGCCUUACGUGCCCUCAAACGUACCAGCGACGAGGGCGAGGCGGCCGGCAGCGGAGGGCCGACUCCCCGAAUCAAACGCAGGAACCAGGUCAUCUAUACGGCGGUGGAGGACGAUGAUGACUGAAGGUUAGAGGUCAGGGGUCAGAGGUGAGAUCAGGCAGGAAAAGAAAGUGAGGACUAUUUUGUAAUGUAAUGUACAAUUCUUGCAUUUUUUUAUUGAUUUGUGAAACUUACUAUUAAGGUUAAUAUCUAUUUGCCAUUUUUAUACAGCUUCUGAGGAGACUAAUCAGAAGUAUCGAUUUAAUAAAACGUCUUGAAAGCAGCAGAUCGGGACAAAAUGUUUUAAUAGUAGUUUUCAAAAUAAAAUGUUUUGCUUUUAGACUGAAGACGUGAUAAAUCGUUGUGCAGCAGAGAACUCA